UUCUCUUGAGCUUGAUACAACUUUUUAUUCUUAUUUAUUCUACAGACAAAAAACAGAGAAAAGGAAAACAAACACAACUGUCCAUAAUCUCUCCAGUUACAUCCCAUGCUCUUAGAUUUGUCCAUGGUUUGAUCCCCCUAAUUUCAUAAGCUGCAAUCGAUUAGAUAUGGCGUCAAUGGUUGCAAAGGCUUGUGGCAGUACUUCCAGUCAAAUGCCGGUAAUGACGGUUCAAGAAAGGGGAAGUAGGAAUAAGAGGAAAUUCCGGGCUGAUCCCCCUUUGGCUGAUCCUAAUAAGGCCAUCCCUAUACCUUCAAACGAAUGCACCAGUUUUGAAUUCUCAGCAGAGAAGUAUCAUAGUCAGGGGCAUAUGAAUGGGUAUGAUAUGUGUUGCAUAAACCAAGAUAGUUCAGAUCAUAGUUUGAAACUCGACCUUGGACUGUCUUGCGCUGUGGGGAUGUCUGAGAUAGGCAUGAGCCGGCCUAGAGAGGAUAUGGAGGUAUCAGCGGAUGAGUUCCGUGAUGCUGAUUGGAGUGACCUUACAGAAUCCGAGCUAGAAGAGCUCGUUUUGAGCAAUUUGGACACAAUUUUCAAGAGUGCUGUAAAGAAAAUAAUUGCUAGUGGUUACAGUGAAGAAGUUGCUACUAGGGCGAUUUUGAGGUCUGGCCUUUGGUACGGAUGCAAGGACAUUGUAUCAAAUAUAGUGGACAACACACUAGGAUUCCUUAGAAGUGGGCAGGAAAUCGAUCCUUCUAAGGAGCACUAUUUCGAGGAUUUGCAGCAGAUGAAGAAGUACAUAUUGGCAGAGCUCGUUUGCCUUCUAAGAGAGGUCAGACCUUUCUUUAGCACCGGGGAUGCAAUGUGGUGUUUGUUGAUAUGUGAUAUGAAUGUGUCGCAUGCUUGUUCCAUGGACGGUGAUAGUUUGGUUGGUGAUGCGAGUUCAAAUAUGAACCCCUCCUUUUGUGCUCAGUCUCAGUUGAGAUCAGAGCUCAAAAGCUCUGAAUAUAACAAUUUAGUUCCUUGUAAGCCAGAUGCUUCAAUUCCGCAUGAUCAUAGUUGUCCAUCCGAAGCAGCUCACGUGGCUUCGGUUCACGGUGACCAUAGCUUCCAAUCAGAGGCGCCUAAGAUAACUAGUGGUCCCAAUUCGAAGCUAAAAUCUUCCUUUGUUUCGAAUGGGCUUGCUCCAGAUAAAGAUUCUCACGAUUCUGCUUCUAAUGUCAGUGAAAAACCUUUCACUGCUUCUGGAGUGUCUACAGUUGCUGAGGAGAAAUUUUUCGGCAGUAGGAAAGUUUCUGCGAUUACCAAAAGGGAGUAUAUAUUACGUCAAAAGUCAAUGCAUUUUGAGAAACACUACCGCACGUAUGGCUCUAAAGGUGCUUCUAGAUCUGGUAAGCUUAGCAGUUUUAGUGGCCUAGUCUUGGAUAAGAAACUUAAGGGUGUGGCAGAGUCUGCAGGCAUAAAUGCCAAGAAUGGCCCGCUCAAGAUUAAUAACAAGGGAGUUGGAUUUGAUGUCACUCCAGAUAAAGUGAGUCACAAUCUUCCAACAACUACAGCAUUUACUUCAGCUCCAACGUUUGGGUUGGAAGCUAACGAUCAAUCUUUGUUGCCUAAAUCGAGUAUCUCAUCUGCCUUACCUUUGGUUCCAGUGAACGCCUCCCCUUCUUUACCGGUUGCUGAUACAGAGCUUUCUCUAUCUUUCCCUGCCAAAAGCAUCGCGAAUCCAAUGCCAAUAAGCUACAACAUUGAGGCGGCCAAUUGUAGCUAUCUUGGCUUGUCAAAUAAUAAGUCUCUUGGCCAGUGGGGCCCCCAGGACAGGAAAGACGAGAUGAUUAUGAAGCUGUUCCCAAGAGUGAAGGAAUUGCAAGAUCAGCUCCAAGAAUGGACCGAGUGGGCGAAUCAGAAGGUCAUGCAAGCUGCGCGAAGACUUGGUAAGGACAAAGCGGAGCUUAAAACACUUAAGCAGGAGAAGGAGGAAGUGGAGAGGCUGAAAAAGGAAAAGCAAACGUUAGAGGAGAACACCAUGAAAAAACUUUCGGAGAUGGAGAAUGCUCUACGCAAAGCAAGCGGCCAAGUAGAGCGAGCUAAUGCUGCUGUUCGCCGGCUUGAUGUUGAGAAUGCUGCAUUAAGGCGGGAAAUGGAAGCUGCUAAGGUACAUGCUGCAGAGUCAGCUGCAAGCUGCCAAGAAGUGUCAAAGAGGGAGAAGAAGACCCUGAUGAAGUUUCAGUCAUGGGAGAAGCAGAAAAACGUUUUUCAAGAGGAGCUCUCGGCUGAGAAAUUGAAAUUGACACAGAUGCAGCAGAAACUAAAGCAGGCUACUGAUGUACAUGAUCAAGUUGAGGCCAAACUGAAUCAGGAGGAGCAGGCGAAGUGUGAACUGCUUACACAAGUCAGUUCAUUGAAAAAAGAGAGGGAACAAAUAGAAGUCUCCACGCAAUCCAAGGAGGAUACGAUCAAAUCAAGAGCUGAAAACAAUCUACAGAAGUAUAAAGAUGAUAUAGCAAGGCUUGAAAAAGAAAUUUCCCAGAUGAGGUUAAAGACCGACUCAUCCAAGAUAGCUGCCCUUAGAAGAGGUAUAGACGGAAGCUAUGCCAGCAAACUGGCCGACUUCAGAGACCCACAGCUUCUGAAAGACUCCGCCAUCUCUUACAUCUCCAAGAUGGUGGCAGCCACAGAUCUCCAUGGCUUCUCCGAGAACAAGGGUGUGAAGCGUGAGAGGGAAUGCGUGAUGUGCCUCUCUGAGGAGAUGUCUGUGGUCUUCCUCCCUUGCGCACAUCAGGUGGUGUGUACAAUGUGCAACGAGCUCCACGAGAAGCAGGGAAUGAAGGACUGCCCAUCCUGCCGAGGCCCAAUCCUGCGACGUGUUUGUGUACGUUACGCUCUCCCUUAAAGUUUUAAUAUUGCAGAUAAGAUGAGUUUGCUAAUAAUAUAUAUGUGUUUGGACUGAUUUACAAUAAACAUUGGAUGUGGAUACAACCCCUACAAAAAGAAAAGGGAAAAAACACAAACAAGAAGAGAAAAAACCAAAUGGCUUGUGUUUGAGUCUGGUUUGUAUAUGCUUGUUACCCUCUUUUAUUUUUUGUUUCCUUUUUCGAAUAAUAGCGUGCUGCGAUUCUUAUGUCUGUCGAUACAUGUAAUUCUGUUUAAGAACAUAUUUAUAAACUCAAGUGGAGAUAGUUUUGGCUUUAAA